AUGGAGCGGUAUCCUCACAGUCUUCGCGGUUAUAGACGGCUUUCUUCAAUGAUUCUCGUCCAUCUGCUUGCAACAAUCUCAUUCCAAGCCUUUGCUGCUUCUAUCGUUCGUCGCUCACCAGAGGAAACCAACGUAUACGAUAUCAUUCAGGGAGUGCAAGUGAUCAAGGACAAGGCUGAAGUCACAAGACCUUCUAACCUGGUUCGACUUGAUCACUUUCAGCCAACCUCGCCAGUCUCAGGGCCACUCCUUCACGAACCCAAACAACUCACUCAGCAUACCAACGGUCAAAGUCUCAAAUAUGAUGACCUUCUCGAAAACGCUAUGAUCGAAUCAUGGAGUCGCUCUCUUUUCAAAUCAAGUAAACAAACCAUCGAAGGCCGCCUGCUCUUGGAAGCAGCUAGAUUCCAUGGUUUGAUGGGUAAGUUUCCCUUCUGGCAAUCCGAUGCCGCAGAACGUCUCUCUGCAUUAGAAUCGGCUCUUGCAAGCAUCCCAUCAGGCUGGCAAAAUAUCCAUAAUGCUUUUGCAACAGUGGUGCCUGUAGAUCAUUUGACGGAGAGUCGAGCGUUAUAUGAAGCCAUCAGUGAACGACUGGGCAAUCAUAGGUUACCACAAUGGUGGAAAGAUGGAAAGAUUGUCACCUCAUUCGAUCCGGUCACUGAAUGCGAUUUAAUUUUCUCAUGGGGUGAUGCACUUGCUCUUCAUGAUAAAGCCUUGGAUCCCGCCCGAAAUGGAGACGCGAUCGAUACGCUACUUUCGAUCUCUAGACAUUACUACUGGAAGCGAACACGUGAUGAAUCGUAUAUAAUGUCGUUUCAUGGGAUUCAACCUAUGAAAUUCGACUUCUUUAAUUCUGAGGGAGUAGAACUGUCCGAAGCUCGAGUCAAUCAGCUUCUCGGGGACCCUACAACACGUACGCAGUCUAUUCGCACGCCAAUGAAAGAAAGUCAAGAAGGUAUCAAGUGGUCAACAAAUACACUCAUCCUCGAAUGGUACUUGCAAGGCCUGAAUCCACACCUCAUGGAUAGCUUUGGAAUCUUGAUCGAGGAAUCCGCGGAAACCGACCCAGAAUUCUUGUCUCUCCAACAAAUGGCUCGUGGCUCAGGCAUUCCACUAACACCGAAUCGUCGUAUCAAGUUGAGACAGAGGCAACUCAAUUACGCAGUUGAGCGGAUCCCUGAGUCGGCGCUUGACGAAUUGCCAAAAGACGAGGUGUUACGUAUGAAGAAUUGGUAUGAAAAUGCUCUUCAAUUGACUGAUGAAGCAGAAGAAGAGGAAGUGGUCGCUCAAACGACUCGUAUUUUGAAACAUUACAAGGAAGUAGUACAGAACGGGCAGCUACCCAGAUUAAAUCCAUCUACAUCAUCUAGAGCUCAAUUGAGACUUUUAUAUGAGUCUUUGUUUACAAAUUUGGUUGAUUUUCAAAAUAAACUGCAUUGGUCUGACGUGAAAUUAGAUAUGAAGUGGAUCAAGACCUCGGUAGAGUUUCUCGGCUUAUCUGGUCAAUUCCCGCCUCUGACCAUCGAUACCGUACAUCUUUCCAAUGAGCUGGAGUCAACUUUCUCUAGAGUCAAUCAAGGCUGGCCUACUUUGAUUGAAGUUUUGAAGCGUUGGAAGAAGGCGGAUAUCUUGAACCGUGGCUACCGGCGCUAUCAAAACGUCUUGGCUCGCCUUCGUGAUCAUCACCCAACGACAUACUGGUGGCAACAGGGAACUCUCGAGACCUCUCUUGAUCCACUUUUUGAGCUCGAAGAAAGACUCGCAUGGGGAGAUCAGCUUUCACUCUGGAUCCCAGAUUUCGAUCUUUCGACUCUUCAAGACCGACCACAACGAAUCACUAAGCUACUUUCGAUCACCCGAUCAUAUGCAUCAAAGGUGACUGAAACCGGGGAGCUUGGAGAACAUAGCAUCUAUGACAUCCCUCCGAUAAAAUUCACUUUCACGUUGAAGUCGAGCGAGGAGAUCGCCAACAAGCGACUUGAGACUUUACUCGGUAGCCGGCAAGAGCUAAUGACAUCUGUCAAGGUUGACUUGCAAGCGCAGAAGUUCGGAAAGGACUGGUGGUCUGAUCGCCUCGCCUUAGAGUGGUUCACCAUGCGCUUAAACCCGCAGAUAAUCGGACGUAUAGGUGCUGAGUUACAGAAGAUGGAGGGCUCAUGGACUCUACACUUUGACGAGAUUGGUAAAAGUGUGACGCUUAGUCAUCUACUCUCCAGCACUUCACCCGAUGAAAGAUUGGCCAUCAAGGCAUUCUAUGCUGAAGCUGAGACGGGAACAAGCAUCUCCCAACAGGUAAAUGUGAAAAGUUUGAUUCGUUACUGGUCGGAUACUAUUAGCCGCCGAGUCAAACAAGGGGAAGCGAUGCAAGAACCAAGAUUGCGCUUUCUUGAGAAUCUAGAUUCUAAACAAGGUGUACUGGCCCUCACUGAGGCUGAAUUGCAUUCCAGUUCCAUGAGUUCUCUUCCACCUGACGAACAACGUGAGAUGUCGAUUUUCUUCUCUGAUCUGGAAAUAAUGCAACCCUCUGAUAUAUAUUUCCCUUUGUAUUUGAUCAAAUUUCCUACAACAGAACUUCAGAGGAGUGUUGUAUCAAGCUUCCCAGAACGAAAAUCUCACUCCGAUGGGAUGGAGAGCAAGAGACCGCAAAGGAUAGAAUUUGCGCCCCUCGUUGCACAACUCGAAGCACCACCAUCAUCGAUACAUCAGGACACUCUCAAACAAGAAAAAUUACGCUUGCUGAAGACUUUGGAAUCUGGAGAAAAUUCAUUGGACCUGACUGAACCUCAAAUCCAUGCCGAGUCUAUGAGACCUCUCCAUCCUGAUGAACAAACUCCUUCAAUAGAUUCUCAGGGGAGUGCCGAAUCCUCAAAACAUGAAGCUAAAUUCGAGACAGAGCACAGGGAAAAACUUAAGCCUGUUAUUGAGGAACUUGCAAGUAGAUUCAGCGAAAAUCACAAUCCAUCAUCUUCAUCGAUGAAUGAUGAAAUCCCGGAAACGAAAACUCCAUUAUCUGUCAGCAAGACAGAUCAACAAUCUGACAAGGCCUCAAUGCAUCCGGAUGCCAUGAUCCCUCUGCGCCCUGAUGAACAAGAAUCUCAGCAGAGCACUGAAUCCGCAAGGCCUCAAGAUACAUCAGCCGAAACGGAGCACAAGAUAAAAUUUGACCCUGUUAUCAAGGAUCUAAAAAACCUAUUCAAUGAGAAUCACAAUCCGUCACCUUCUUUGGUGAAUGAGAACAUUCAGGAAACGCACGCUCCAUCAUCAGCCAGUGAGGAAGAAUUCGUUCACCCAUUGCCGGUUCAAACCAAGUCAGAAGACACUUUGGAUUCGGAACAAAAUACAUUGGCUCACACUGAACCCCCAGUCCAUGAUGACUCCAUCAGCUUUGCCCACCACGAUGAACAAUCUCCUUCAACAGAACUUCAGAAGAAGAUCGAAUCCGCCAAGGAUCUUGACGCACUUGAUGAGGCAGAAGAAAACCCCAAGCCUGUAAUUGAAGAACCCGAGAAAAAGAUCAGUGAAAAUCAAGAACCCUUGCCGACAUCAACGAUUUCAGAGCCGCAUAUUCCAGUAUCACCCAGUCACACACACCAAGAGAUGGACACGCCCUCGACGCCUGUUCAAAUUCAUCCAGACUCGGAGAUUCCAUCAUCAGCUGAAGUGAACAUCAAACCUCACGCGGAAUUGCCACAUAUAGAAAUGUUAUACCCUGAUCCGUCUGCCAAUGGAAACCCUCCUACCAUGUUACAACGCUUGAAGACUCUCGAAUUGAAAGACUCUAGAACAGAUAUGAACCCCACUUCUCCGAUCGAUUCAAGUGCAAAGAGUAGAAGCCUAUCGGAUCAACAACAAGCGACGCGCGCUUGGCCAAUCACGUCUGCUGUGCGAAGAUGGUGGUCUAAAAUCAUAAACUGGUUGAAGAUUACCUUUCAGAAGCCUAUUCGAGCAGGUCAUUACGCUAGAAAGGGAAGAGUUGUGCCACCGUCUUGA